GUAUACGUCUUUUGAAAAUUAUCAGAACGAGAAUUUGGUUAUAAAAUCGUAAAAAUUGUUUUGAAUUAUUUAAAACUUAAUAAACGUGAUGCCUUUGCAACGAGUCGUAACCUUAUCUAAUGUAUUACUUCAGAGCAGUCGCUCCAGUUACGUAUUUAAUACAAAAUGCCAUCAGAUAAACAAGUACAAAUGUUUCACAACAAUCAAUUUACAAACGACCCGAUUAAAACACACAAAAGUACUAAAAAGCGAAAAAGAAAAAUUACGGACAUAUGUUGUACAGAGGUACAUCGACUAUGUCAAGAACUACACGAAUGUCUUAGAAAACAGAUUCCCCACUGCAGUGAAAAUGUACAGAGUGUUUAGUGUGGGCAUCAAAGAUUUUCUACGAGAUCUCAAAACAUACAUAUCGUUACGAAUCAAAAUCACAAAGGAUAAAGGAUUUAGUAAAAUGACCAGGCAGGAGAUUGAAUUAUUUCAAAAAAUGCCUUCAGAUAUGUGGAGAAUAGCACCUGUUCUAAUACUUUCUGCUGUUCCUUUUGGAAACUAUGUAAUUUUUCCUUUAGCAUUUUUAAAACCAAGAACUCUCCUGUGCUCCCAUUUCUGGUCUAUACAACAAAAAUUAGAAUUUUCAACCCAAGAUUUGGCAGAACGCUUGCGGAAUAAUAAGCCUGUGUUCCGAGCUCUACAGGCAAAAUUAGAUGCAAUACCAAAUAGUGAGGUUAGGGAUAGAUGGAAGAGAAUCUUAGGUUUACUUGGCUCCGGAGUGCACCCUAAAACUGAAGAUGUUAUAGCAUGUAAACAAUUGUUUAUUGACAAUGAACCUUAUGAACUAAGCAAUUUGACCUAUGCACAUGCGGGUCAUCUGCUAAAAAUGCAUGGUUUAAAGAGAACAAUAUUUAGAAAGAACAAAUUGAAGUACAGAGCAUUUCUGUUGAUGGAGAUGGAUAAAGCUAUCAUCAGGGAAGGUGGAGUGGAAGCUUUGACGAUGGACACGCUACGAUACGCUUGUCACAUAAGAGGUUUGAACGGCAGUCAUCUAACAAACCAAGAAAUGAAAAAUUGGUUGUUAAAAUGGUUGAAAAUAUCACAAAAUGUUGAUAAAAAUUCAUACUCGCUCUUGUUACACGCGCCUAUUUUCUUAGCUUACAAUCAUCCACAAAAUUGGGUGUUAAUAUACUAAAUGUAUUGUACCUUUAUAGUCUUGUAGGUAUUACCUCUAACAGCAAACGCCAAAAUGUAAAUUCUGAUAGUCUGUAAUAUUGUGGGUGGCAGUUUUGAUAAAAUAUGAUAUUUUUACAUUUCUGCUAACGGCACAGGGUUAUAGGAAAGUUGAUAUUGACAAAAAUGUAAACUCAGACAGAACUCUAAACUUAUCCGAACUAUUAUUUUCUUUCAUCUGAAUGUCUAUAUCUAGUCUCUAACUGAAUGUCAUUACUGCUUAUAUUUCUCCAAAGCUGAUUGACACCAAUAGGGUAGACGACUAAUUUUUAUUUUAAUGUCCGUCUGGUAGAUUAUUUAAAAACAUU